GCAUAGUGCGGUGGUGAGGAAAGUGACGGUGUCACAGCAUAGGCUCACUAUAUGGUAAAGAAGAGGUAACUUAUUCUAGGUUUCAAAAUUGCUUUUUACAGCGGAAUGUUCACUCGAAGGGGCCAUGGAGACGUCAAGAAAUCUACACAGAAAGUUCUGGAUCCAAAGAAGGAUGUAUUGACCCGACUGAAGCACCUCCGGUCACUGUUAGAUAUCAUUGAGAAGAGUGAAUUGAAGACCUUCUUCGAAAGCAACUGUUCGCAGAUUUAUUUUAUCUUCUAUGAAAAUUUCAUUACACUGGAAAGUAACUUAAAGCAAAAAGGGAACAAAUCUCAGAGGGAGGAGCUGGACUCGAUCCUCUUUAUUUUUGAAAAAAUUCUGCAACUUCUACCAGAACGAAUCUACAGUCGAUGGCAGUUCCACAGUAUAGGUUCUAUUCUGAAAAAGCUUUUGCACACUGGAAACUCGUUCAAGAUCAGAUGUGAGGGAAUUCGUCUGUUCCUGCUGUGGCUGCAGGCCCUGCAGAAUAACUGUGCAGAGGAGCAGUUCCUCAUCUUUGCCUGUCUGGUGCCAGGCUUCCCUGCCGUGCCCUCCACCAGAGGACCCUGUACCCUGGAUACCAUCAUCUACAACCCUUUCUCCAACCCGCCCGAUGCCAAGGUGGUGCCUGAGGAAAUUACCCCGCUGGUGCCAGCUGUGCCAGGGGAGAAGCUGGCAGACGACCAGACCUGCUACAUCCUCCAAACCCUGCUCAAGUUUAUGGUUGUCCAGGCAUCCAGUUUAGAGUGGAAGAACAAAGACAACCAGGACACCGGCUUCAGGUUUCUCUUCAGUCUGUUCAAGAAGUACUACCUUCCUCACCUCUUCCCCUCCUUCACCAAGCUCACCAACCUUUACAAGCCGCUUUUAGACCUCCCCCACCACAGACCAAAGCCUCUGUAUGUCCCAGUGACCCGUAACAACGAGAGCACGUUCUGUACGAGAGACCAGUACCUGGCUCCCCGUGUAGCCUUCAUCACCUGGCUGGUCACCUUCUUCCUGGAGAAGAAGUAUGUCAGCACCGCCACCCCCAGCGCCAAGAACGGGACUAACGAGGUCAUCCCCAAACUCAUCCAGACUGUCACUGCAGGCAGUAGCAGUCAGGAGAAGGAUAAAGACCGUGGUGGCGAGGGGGAGCCCAACGGCCCCACAGAGCCAGAGAAGAGCCACUCUAACAGUAGCACGCUGUCUGACCGGCGCCCCAGCGACUCCAGCCUGUGCAGCAUCGACGAGGAGCACCGCAGCGUCUACGACAUGGUGCACGCCAUCCUACUCUCCACACGGGACAACAUCAACUUCGUCAACGAGGUCUUUCACCAGGCCUUCCUGUUGCCCUCCUGUGAGGCGUCAGCGACCCGGAAGGUGAUCAAGGUGUACAGGAAGUGGAUCCUGCAGGAGAAGCCAGGCUUCAUGACGGAGCCGGAGAAGAGCAGACAGGCCGAGGUGGAGGAGAACCCAGAGCAGCUGCUCAUCACUGAGACCGAUAGCACACACACACAGGCGUUGGAAAGUCAUGGUCACAAGCGCUCGUCCAGUUGGGGCAGAACAUACUCCUUCAGCAGUGCCAUCAGCCGGGGCUGUCUCACUGAGGAACAGAACAGAGAUAUCAAGGCUGGCAUCCAGCCCACCCUGCAGGUGUUCCUGACCAACUCGGCCAACGUGUUUCUGCUGGAGCCGUGCCAGGACGUGGCCAAACUACUAGACAACCAGGUGGAGGUGUGCAAAGGGGUGCUGAGCAUCUACCGACACGUGAUCAUGGAGCACGCCAUGAACACACAGACAUGGGAGCAGAUGCUACAGGUGCUGCUGAGGAUCACUGAGUCGGUGAUGAAGAGGCCUCAGGAGAACCAAAGAAAAGACAUCUUUGCUGAGAGCCUGGCUGCCAUCCUUUUCCGGACGAUCAUCGUGGCGUGGGUACGGGCCAACCUGUGUGUGUUCAUCUCUCGGGAGCUGUGGGACGAGCUGCUGUCUGUGCUGUCGUCUCUGACAGGCUGGGAGGAGCUGGUGACCGAGUGGGCCAGCAUCAUGGAUUCUCUGACCGCGGUCCUGGCCCGCUCCGUUUACGGACUGGACAUGAGCAACCUGCCCCUGGACAAACUCAGCGAACAGAAGGAGAAGAAACAGAGGGGACGGGGGGUGAUCCAGGACUCCCAGAAGGCAGCAGCGGUGGCCAGGUCCUUCUCUUUGAGCUGGAGGAACCAGGGAGACCAGCAGGGGGUCCAGGAGCCCAUGAGGUUCCGCAGCGCUACCACCUCAGGGGCCCCCGGCGUGGAGAAGGCACGCAACAACGUACGACAGAAAGCCACAGAUGUGGAGGAGGGCCAGCUGUCUGAGUGUGGGGGAGACGGGGAGCUGGAGGCUGGAGACAGCCCUCUACCACGCAGCAGCAGCACCUCCGACAUCACACAGCAACUGACUGACACCUUCCCAGGCCACAAGAGGGAGUACUCCUCCAACAACUCCUGUGGCUCCGAUGGCAGGGCGUCGGAAGCGAGGACAGACGGCGACCCGCCAGUGAUUCUGAUCCGGAGGAGCAGCAGUCCGGCCGAGCUGGACUACUCUGUAGAGGGACACAACUAUGCAAGGCCCACGCUCCAGGAAAAAAGUGUGAGUGUGAGCAGCGAGACGUCCAACGGCUACUUGAACGACGCUGACGGCAGCCUGCUGGCCUGGCAGGCCUUUGAGGAGGAGGCAGACACUCAGUCAGCCCAGAUAGAUGUCACAGCAGACACAGGGAGCCAGAGGAACCUGCUGCUCAGCCACAAUGAGGCCCUGGCAGACAGCCGUGAGUGUCUGACUGAUGAUGUCAGCAUCAUCGCAGGCGGGAGCCUGACCGGCUGGCACGCUGACUCCGCCUUUGUGCUCUGGAGAAGGAUUCUGGGUAUCCUGGGGGACGUCAACAGCAUCCGCUGCCCCAGGAUCCACGCCAAGAUGUUCAGUUACCUCUACGACCUCUGGCACAAACUGGCUAAGAUCCGGGACAACCUGGGCAUCAGUGUGGAUAACCAGUCAUCUCCUCCCCGGCCUGUCUUCAUCCCUCCUCUCAGAAUGCUGGCCUCCUGGCUCUUCAAGGCCACCAUGCUGCCUGCAGAGUUCAAGGCGGGUAAGCUGCAGGCCUAUAAACUCAUCUGUGAGAUGAUGACCAGGAACCAGGACGUGCUGCCCAACAGUGACUUCCUGGUCCAUCUCUACCACGUCAUGCACAAGGGCUUCACCAGCGUGGACCAGGACGUUCUGAACACGGUGAUCCGUUCCUUUUCCCCGCGCUUCUUCUUCCUGGGCCUGUCUGGCUUCACCAUGCUGGUGGGAGACUUCAUCACCGCUGCAGCACGCGUCCUCAGCAACGACUCCUCCGAGGCUCCGAGGAUAGAAGCACAGACCGUCCUUGGGUCGCUGGUCUGUUUUCCCAACCUUUACCUGCAGAUUCCACUACUGCAGACCGUUCCCGGAACUGAUGACAUCGUCGUCGGGAACGAGGACAUCAAGGACUAUCUGGUCAACAUCUUACUGAAGACGGCACGGAAUGAACCCUAUGAAGCGGCCAGGUGUAUAGCUGUAUGUAGUCUGGGCCUGUGGGUAUGUGAGGAGCUGAUGCAGCAGAAUAUUCACCACCAGGUUGAGGAUGCCAUCAAUGUUCUGGGCGUAACAUUAAAGUUUGGGAACAAAGCUGUGGCUCAGGUAGCCUGUGACCUGUUCCAGCUCCUCAUCUCUCACUGGGAACACCUCCAGAGGCUAGAGCGCUCUCUCCCAAAGAAAAUCAUUGAGAUCUUUGUGGCCACUAUAGCAUUUCUGUUGCCGAGCGCAGAGCACUCGACGGUGGAGGCUGACAAAAAGCUAAUGGUGUCUUUGCUGCUGUGCCUGCUGGACUGGUGCAUGGCCAUGCCCCUGACUAUGCUGCUGGAGCCCAUCACCAUGCCCGUGCUGGAGGACCCCACAUCCCACAAGGCCCCUCUGCUCGACUACAUCUACAGGGUGCUACACUGCUGUGUCUCUGGCUCCAACCUGCACACCCAGCAGAGCCACUACCUCCUGAGUCUGUCUGACCUCUCCACUGACUACGACCCCUUCCUCAUGCUGGGCCAGGUCCAGAGCUCAGAGCCCCUUCUCUCGCACACCACUGCAGACUUGGGCAGCCUGCUCACCGUGGCCGAGGAGAAGAAAAGGCGGAACGUGGAGCUGAUCCCUCUGACGGCACGGAUGAUCAUGACCCACCUUGUGAACCACCUGGGCCACCAUCCCCUCAGUGGUGGUCCCGCCCUCCUACACAGCCUGGUCAGUGAGAACCACGACAACCCCUUUGUGGAGUCAUCAGAGCUCUCCUCUGAGGUGUUCAAGAGCCCCAACCUGCAGCUGUUUGUGUUCAACGACAGCACCCUGGUGUCUUACCUUCAGGUGCCCUCAGAGCCCUCUGGUCCAGGGGAACCCCACGACAACUCCUCCCAGGUACGCAUCAUCGUCAGGGACAUCUCUGGAAAGUACUCCUGGGAUGGAGGGGUUCUCUACCGCACCCAGGAGGAAGUCAAUGGGAUGCAUCAGGCGAGUGAAAACUCCUCCAACCACUCCACCACCAAGCCCACCUCGCCGGGGACUUCUGAGCGCUCCUACCCCCCAGGCUGGGACUCCCAGUCAGGCUGUGAGGAGGUGGAUGUCCUGGACCAACUCCUGGAGGAACUUGGCAACAGCAGCCCUGAGUGCCUGCCCCAGCCCCUGCUGAGGCUCAACCAGCCAGCCCCCUCUCCCUGUGGGAUGAACCUGGAGCUGGAGGGGGCCAUCGUGGAGGCCAUCCUCAGGCAGACACAGCAGGAAGAAGAGCAGGUGAAGAGGUGGAAUGCAGACGUGAGCGUCAAGGCCGCCAGCCAGAAAGAACCCACUCCACAGGAGCCCAAAGCCCCUUUCUACUUCUGCAGACUGCUACUCAACGACCUGGGCAUGAACUCAUGGGACCACAGGAAAAGCUUUCAUCUCCUGAAGAAGAACUCUAAACUCUUGAGAGAAUUGAAGAAUUUGGAUUCCAGGCAGUGCAGAGAGACGCACAAGAUCGCUGUGUUCUACAUCAGAGAGGGUCAGGAAGAUAAGUGCUCCAUCCUGUCCAACAGCGCAGGCAGCCAGGCCUACGAAGACUUUGUGUCUGGCCUGGGAUGGGAGGUUGAUCUAGCCACACACUGUGGCUUCAUGGGAGGGCUUCAGAGGAACGGCAGCACAGGACACACUGCUCCCUACUACGCUACCUCCACGGUGGAAGUCAUCUUGCAUGUGUCCACACGCAUGCCGUCCAACUCGGACGACUGCCUCACCAAAAAGCUGCGUCACCUGGGCAACGACGAGGUUCACAUAGUGUGGUCGGAGCACAGCAGGGACUACCGACGCGGCAUCAUCCCCACUGACUUUGGAGACGUGCUGAUCAUCGUGUACCCCAUGAAGAACCACACGUUCUUCAUCCAGAUCAUGAAGAAACCACAGGUCCCCUUCUUUGGGCCUCUUUUCAACGGCGCCAUCGUCACAGGAAUGUUGCUGCCCAGCCUUGUGCGUGCCACCUGCAUCAACGCCAGCAGAGCUGUCAAGUCCCGCCUGACGCUUUACCAGAGCUUCUAUGAGGAGCGGGCGCUGUACCUGGAGGCCAUCGUGCAGAACCACCGAGAGGUUAUGACCUUUGAGGACUUUGCCUCGCAGGUCUUCUCCCCUUCACCCAGCUACUACCCAAUGAGUGGGACAGGCUCUCUCAGCGGCAGCACGAGUGCUGAGCUCAGUGUUUCUUUAGGAACGGACCAGGCGGACCAGGUCUCCCCCACGAUUCCCCGUGCCACAAAGAACAGAGUUUCCGGAAAACUCCGCCGAUCAGCCAGCGCCAUAAGCAAAUCUUCCAACUGAGCACUCUCGCCCGACCCACCUCCCAAACCUCCCCCGCUUCAUCUUUACUACAGGUCCUGCUGUGAAACCUCAUACCUAACCCCUCAUGACUGCAGUUUGGUGUGUGCGUUGUUUGUUUUAUAUCUCGUUUAAACAUAUAACUGGAGCAUAUUGCAAUUUUUUAUUUAUGUGGCAGUUAUUGAUACUUUGAUACAUUUCCAAUUGUUUUACUGUUAAACUGCAUAUUUGACCUGAAGAAGAGAUUGAAGUUUGUUCCGAUGUUGCUGCAUUUUCUGAAAGAAUCUGAUUAAUAUCACUUGUCAGUACAGCGAUUAAAUAUGGACAGGGAAUUGACUGAACAAUCAUGUCUGGUGGCUUAAAGUCCACAUAUCAUCAACAUUUCAAAAUUCCCUUUCUAUGUCACAACAAGGAUCUCUAUGUUGACAUAGAAAAGGAAUAUGAUCACCCAUAUGCAUUUUGGUAAGGGUCUUUCCACAAAAUGAGUUCCUUUUGUACCCCUUUGAUAUUUUUAAGUAGAAAUUGUGCACCAAUAUUGAAUUUUAAAAGCCUCUUAUAUUAAAUGGAGUGCUCUUUAAAAGACUCCACAUGGAGAAUUCAAUAAAUCUGUUUUUCUUUCAUGAAUAAAGACUUGCUGAAGUGCCAAAAUGCAGCAUUUUGACAUUUCCCUCUGUGACUUUUCGGAAGAUGUUAACCCACUUAACCCCCAAAUUCCUCCAAGUUUUCACCAUCAUUGUAAAGCCCUAGUUAUUUUCUUGCUUUAACAAAGUCAUUUUUGCUAUUUCAUGUGAUUAAUUUUAAGUAAGAAAAAAACAUUAACAUGUCCCUCAUUUUAAGGUCAACCCUACUAUGAUCUGAACUUUUAAUAUAGUGUACUAGUAAUCAUUUUUUCAGAAGAAACGUUGAACAUAUCAUAGUAAAAUCAUAGUGUUAAAGCAGGUUCUUGAUGAGCUGGUUCUCUUUUUGCCCAUUUUCUGGUGUUUUGUGGUAGAGAACUGAGCGGGUUGAGCAUUACACAUUAACCCUGUUACUCAUAGAUAGACAGGCUAUACAUGUUUUUGAUUUUAUUUCUAAAAUGGUGAAGCUGCAUUCAAUUGCCCCUCCCUGUCCCUGAACACAAGCUUCCAAUCCCUCUGUCGCAAGGGGAAUUAUGGCUGAUUUAAGAAUUAUUAUUAUUUUAUUUUUUUAACCUUUAUUUAACUAGGCAAGUCAGUGAAGAGCAAAUUCUUAUUUACAAUGACGGCCUAGGAACAGUGGGUUAAUUGCCUUGUUCAGGGUGAAAUCAUCAACCCUGUUACUUUUGUUGGCACUUAAUAGGCACUUAAUCUUUGUAUUUAACCUCCUGAGAUGGUAAAACCUGUUUUUUAUUAAGUUGAACAUGUGUUCUUUAUGAACACAUGUUAAAUGUUAAAAUUAUAUGAAAUAAAACUUUUAUUUUUCUUCACCAAGUUACACUACCCAAAAGGGACUCAUUUCAUGGUUUUCCCAUUGACUGCCCCCCCCCCCCCCCCUUGCGAUUCUGCUGUGUAAAUCACUGAUGAUACUCUUGCUGUUGACAGGAUAGGAUCAUAUUUAAGUGUGUUGUUUUGUCCUUGGACUUGAGCCAUGGAAGCCUGUGUGUCUGUUUGGACCAUACUCAUCCUCAUGUUGUGGAAGGGCUGUGACAUAGGAGGUGCUGCUCUAGCAUAAUGCUGCACCACACCACACACUUCCUGGUUAUGGAGUGCUGUGAGCCAAUGCAGCAGGAGUCUGUUUUUAAUAGUUAUGAACCUGGAGUGGACAGUCAAUGAUGUCUUUCCAACCCCGAGGUGAAUCAAAACUUUUUCUUCUUUUUUAUCGCUAAGGACCUUUUUAAAUGGAUUCCGAUGGAUUUUGUCUUCCUUUUGUUUUAUGCAACUCUGCUGGAAAUGAGAAAAGACUGCAUUUCUAAUUGUUUAGUGAUGCUACCCUGUGUAGGAUUGUUUCACCUGGGUUCAUAACCUGUAAUCCAGUAUCUUCCAUCUGGCUCUUCCUCUGCCAUUGUUCUCUCGUGUUGUAAAGUUAAGAAUGACAUUCCAGUGUUCCCACAGAUGGUCUUUUGCACUCACUGUCAUUGAUAAACUAGCAAUGAAUGUGUAUUUUCUCUUUAUUCUUGGAUGUAAAUUGCUUUAUUUGAUGUUUGUAGUGUUGUAUAAUGUAUACGUGUGUUGUUUUAGAGGAAAACGCCACCGGAGCCUCAGGUGAAUCUUAACUCCAUGCACUGGUGUGUGUAUGCGCAUCCGUGUGUGUGUCUGUAUGGCUGUGUGUAUUUGUGAAGGAGCUUCUCGCAGUGCCUGUGUAAUGUCUGUCCACCAAGAUCCAUUCCAAGACCCCCACCACUGUAAACCACUGUUAGACAUCAUUGGAUUUAUUUUGUUUCUGUUCAUUGCAAGAGCAAAACGGAGGACAGCUAGCCUUGCCUUCCUGUCUCAUGUCUUUGUUAUAGAGGGAGAGACUGUGUGACUGUGUGACUUUUUCCCCUGUGUGACUGUAAAGGUCAGUGUCUUGUCCUCCUCGUCCUCGCACGUUUUAUAUGAACAGAUUGACUGGGUUUGGCCCACUUUUGUUUCGUCUUUAUUUGAGGAGGUGCUCUGUUCUCCUUUCUCUCUGAAUUGGAAUCAAAUGGCACCUACUCCUCCUAUUUCCCAUGAUGCACCCCGAGUAACCUCGUGAGGCCACAGUGGAGGGGUGGGGGGCUGCGGAGUUAGAAGGCAUACCAGCGCUGUGCUCUGGCGACCCUCUUAGCAACAGGCAGGUUGGCGCUAUGCUACUCACGCCGCCUCCUCCGCCACAACCUGCGCCUUUGGGUUGCCAUGGAAGCCAGGUGUUACUCACACAUUAUGCAGGGUUCCACCAGAGCUGCAUCCCUGUCUGUUGCACUAUUUUGCCUUACCUGUACAUCCUCUCUUUCUUUCAUUUUGUUCUCUCUUUUUUUGUGUCCCUUUCUUUCCCAAGCACUGAUUAAUAACAUAGGAGGCAUGAACGGAGAGUUCGUUCAGAAAUAAUGAAGUCCAUUUUGUGAAUUUGAAGAAUGUAUGUAAAUACUGACCUGAGUCAGAUCAAUGCUUUCACCUUCCCAGUAGCCACUGUAAAGAACUACCCAGCUCUUUUUACCGAUCUUCUUAUGGAGUCUAAAUUGUAGAUUAGAUGUUGUGGAUGGGAUCCCUGUCAUAUAUGGGAGUAAAUGGGCGUAAGGUUUGAUUUGACCAGGGCAAGGAUUGUGUCUUACUGAAGACUGGUUCAACUCAUGUGAAGCAACAGAGUUAGUUGUUAAUUCUAGGUUUUGGUUUAGGAAUCCUGUACAUUGUGUCAAAUCGAGGGUUUCAGUCCUUUACCAUAAAUAUAUUAAUGCCUAUAAUAUAAUAUUUGUAUAAGAAGAGGGGGAAAAAGGCUUGAAGAUUUCAUUAUUACUUGUUAACAUAUCAAACCGUUUUUAAUGACUGAAGUCAUGCUAUCUUUAUUAGAAAUGUGAAAAUCAAAAACAUUUCAUUAAAUCAAUUUCAAAUCCUA